ACAAGACGUCUAUAAGGAAACUAUUUAGUAUUUACUAUCGCUCUGUGACAGACUGGGCUUAUGUCCAUAGAGAGAAAAACUUUGGUUUCGUUUUAUUCCCUCUUCUCUUCCCCUCACUUCGGCCGUAAAUUCAACCUCACACACAUGAAAACUUAGCUGUCUUCACAGCAGAUGGAGUCAGUUGAUCUGGAUCAUAAUGGUAAUUGCAUUGAAGAAACAUCUGACAAGCAGUUAUUUCCUCCAAGUUCUCCUGAUAGAAGUGAUAUAUUUGGAGAUCCACAGGUGAAUACACGAGUUGGUGAUGAUUACCAAGCAGAAAUUCCCUCCUUGCUGACAGAAUAUGAGCAUCUUCAGCUUCUACUGAACCCUGCUGAUUCAGGUGUCAUGGUUGAUGAUUCCCAAUCUUUUUUAACGGGUUUGCCUAUCCCAAUCAUGUGGGUUCAGGAAGUUAAUAGCAUUGGAGAUAAAACAUGGGGAUUUCCUAGUAACCAUGAUGAGGAAGUUAAUCCAAACAAGCCUGCCGAGUCGAGAAACAGAAAAAAGAUAUAUAUUAAGUUGAAGAAGAAAAGUUCAGCAAUCAAUCUUGAACCCUUAGAUGUUGGGUUGGAAAAUGAAAAGGAAUCAAAAACUGCAAAUGUUGGAAACAUCAUGAUAGGGAAAACAAGCAUUGUUGGACUACAUAAAAGCAAAAGGUAUUCCCCAGUUCCAGGUUCUAAAUGUGACCCUUGGAGUGAUCCUGACGUGAACAGUUUCCUUCUUGGUUUGUACAUAUUUGGGAAGAAUUUUGUUUCAAUCCGGAGAUUCCUAGAGAACAAACUGAUGGGAGAAAUGCUGUCCUUCUACUAUGGGGAAUUCUAUAGAUCUGAUCAAUACCGUAGAUGGUCAGACUCCCGGAAGGCCAGAAGUAGGAAAUGUGUAACAGGAAGGAAAAUAUUUACAGGAUGGAGGCUACAGGAACUGUUAUCCCGUUUGCUUCCCCAUGUCCCAGAGGAAUUUCAAAGUACUUUGCUGGAGGGCUUCAAGUCAUUUGCGGAGGGAAGAACUUCAUUUGACGAAUUUGUCUUCUAUUUGAAGUCAACUGUUGACAUUCAGAUUCUUGUGGAAGCUGUAGCUAUUGGUAAGGGGAAGGAGGAUCUCACAGGCCUUGCCUUAGAGUCUGGAAAGACCAAUCAAAUAUUUCAAGUUUUUCCUAACCUACCAACCGGCAAAGAUUGUUCCUCUCUUACUCCCAGUGACAUAUUAAAGUUUUUGACUGGAGGCUUCCGGUUGAGCAAAGCCCGGUGUAAUGAUAUUUUUUGGGAAGCUGUUUGGCCCCGUUUGCUUGCGAGAGGAUGGCAUUCUGAGCAGCCUAAGAAUCAGGGUUAUGUGAGUUCCAAACAUUACCUUGUUUUUCUUGUGCCUGGGGUUAAGAAGUUCUCAAGAAGGAAACUUGUGAAGGGAGACCACUACUUUGAUUCUGUUAGUGAUGUUUUGAGCAAAGUGGCAUCUGAACCAAAACUUCUUGAGCUUGAAGCUGAAGAAGCUACACUCAGGAGCUGUAAUGAGGAUGGGUGGGUUCAAGAAGUGACAUCGGAUCCAGAUGAUUCAUCAAAUCAUCAGCGCCAUUGUUACCUUAAACCCCGAGUUACUACUUCCUCUCCAAAUCCUAUGAAGUUCACUGUUGUUGAUACUAGCUCAGUCCAUGGAGGAAAAUCAUCCAAUGUGAGGGACCUGAGAUAUUUACCGGUUGAAUACAAAAUUACUUCUAGUAUCUCCAAUAAUUAUAGAAAGUCAAUGUAUGACUUUGAGGCAUAUGUUGCUGAUAUGCCAUUGAAGGCUGAAAAAAAUACAAAUAAGCUUAACCACAAUAAGGGUACAGUUUAUACAAGUGGUGCAAAUGGUUUGAAGUUCACUGUUGUUGAUACCAGUUUGCUUCGUGGAGAAAAAUCAUCUGAGGUGAGAAAAAUUAGAUAUUUACCCAUUGAAUUUAAAGGUAUAGCUGAUUUUAGCCAUCUUUUGGGAGAAACUGAAGGGACCUCCUCUGAAGAUUCACUGGAUGCGCAUGAGAUUAAUGCUGUUGACAUGUUGUUGAACAGUGGAAAGAAUAUUGUACCUGCUAGUGAUGAUACAAACAGAAAGGUAAUAAGUAAUAAUUCAGAUAUUACUUCGAGCCAUCGAGAUGAUAAGGGCAUUAUGUCCAAUGACAGGCAGCUAAAAACAACUAUCAAGCACCAAUUUAGUCGGAGAGUAAAAUCUGGUAAUUCAAAAUCUGUUUCUCCUGUCAUCAAAAGGCGAAAAUUAACUGUUUGUUCUAAGUUGAAGACACAAGGUGUUAUUGAGGACUUCUCAGAAGGCUUGGAGUUAAAUCAAACAGGACUCUGUUUGCCAUCGAGUUCUCCAGAUGCAAGCAAGAAUGUUAGUUCUCCAAUGGAUUCUCAAGAGAAUGUGUCUUUAAUUAUUUCUUCACCUAAAGGCAGUCCAGGUGAGGAGACUAUUGGAGGCAUUCUCAUUGGAAACUCGUCUGCCUUAGGCAUGUCCUGUGGGAUGAAUGAGAAACAUCAACCUCAGCCAUCACUUGACCUGAACCUACCCCAGGUUCUGAUAAACUCUGAAGUGGGUGAAGCAUUAAUGAUGGAGGUGGAAGACAGCCAUGGCAUAAAUGCAGACGGUUCAUGCCUUCUAUCUAAGGGAAUGGACCUGGUUCCUGACACAAUGACUUCUAUGGAUGUGGAUAAUGUAGAGCAGCAACUGAUGAACCUGAACCCCAGAAGGCAAAGCACAAGGAAGCGACCACCCACCAUCAGAGCAUUGGAAGCUCUUGCAAAUGGUUACUUAAUAGUCCAAAGGAGGCAAAAGGGCACAGAAUUUCAGACACAUGAAAAUCCAUUCUCUAGUCCUUCCCGCAAGGCCCGAAGCAGAGUCAAAAUAACUUCAAGUCGUGGUAGCACUAGUACCAAGACCAAUGAAAUGGAAAGAAAAGAAGUGAAUGAUGCUUGUGAUGAUAACAAAGGCUUUGUAGAUGCAUACCAAGUUUCAUAUAAAUGUGAAGAUAUCAGUAAUCAGAAUGGAGGUUGAAUCACUUUAAAAUGGCUGUUGGCGGAAACUCCUUCCAAGAUAGAAUGCUGUUUCAAGAGGUCACCCACCAAUCAAGUUUCUGUAUCUUCUCAGUUGAGCAGGUUCCUGUUCUCGAUAAAUGUCCAUUGUGAUGAGUACACUCUUCUUCUGGUGAUUUUUCUGAAGAUGUUUACUUAGUGACUCAGAUUUCUUUUGUGAUUUUAUUGUUCUGUCUGUGUGAUGCUUAGUUGAAAAUAACGGGCUAAAUAUACUUUUUACCCCUAAACCACAGGGAUUUUAAA